AUGGAGAAGCUCCAAUUUCCCGCUCUCGAUAUCACCGGGACCAACUAUAUUUCUUGGGUUACCAAUGUCGAACUCCACGUUGAAUCUCUUGGUUUAUCUGAAACCGUUAAAGAGAAUAAUACUUCAACGUCUCAAGACAAGACUAAAUCGGUGAUCUUCCUUACAAGACACCUUGAUGAAAGUAUUAUUUAUGACUAUGCUAACAUGAGAGAUCCUAAAGAGCUAUCAAAGUCUCUGAAAGAUCGAAUUGUGGCCAAAUUAAGAUACUGUGGUGAAACAAUCACCGAGUCUCAAAUGCUUAAAAAUACAUACACCACAUUCCACAAAAGCCACAUCACUCUGCAACAACAGUAUAGAUUGCGGGGAUAUACUAAAUUUUCAGAUUUGAUUGUGGCGCUUCUCAUAGCAGAAAAGAACAACGAGCUCCUGAUCAAGAAUCACAUGACACGCCCAACUGGUUCCAAAGCAUUUCCCGAAGCAAACGCAUUAAAUGCAAAGAAACCAGCAAAGGAAAAUAAGGCUUUUCGCGGUCGCGGACGUGGUCGUCAAAACUACCAUGGACGUGGAUGA